AUGGACCAGUCUAUCAUCCGCAUCUCGAAGGAACUUGGCGAUAUCCAGAAGAAUUGCGAUCUGUCAAUUGCUGUGGCAUGCCGUGAUGUCGAUGUUCGCAAUGUGAAAGCCUUGGUUAUGGGCCCCCACGAGACGCCCUACGAGUUCGGAUUCUUCGAGUUUGCGAUCCGGUUCCACAAAGAUUAUCCCUCCAAGUCGCCGGCUGUCGUCUGUGUCACCACAAAUGGUGGACGCUGCCGCUUCAACCCCAAUGUCUAUAGUAAUGGCAAAGUCUGCCUGUCAAUCUUAGGCACGUGGCGUGGCGAGCGCGGGGAAGAGUGGUCGUCUGCGCAAGGACUGGAGUCGAUCUUAUUGUCCAUCCAGAGUCUCCUUUCAUCCAACCCCUACGAGAACGAACCCGGAUUUGAGGAUGCCAACGAGGAGUCUGACAAGAAAAACCAGAAAGACUAUGUUCAGAAGGUUAGUGCUUUAUCGAACUGGGCGAGUAUUGUCAUCCAACGCCUCGAGGGAUAUCUUGGACUCAGUUCUAGCGGAUCUCAGCAACACAGUACUGUCGGGCCGGAAUUGGAAGAUGAAGAUAUCGAUGAAGCCACAGUACCCUUCGAACCGUUCAAGGACCUCUGCAAACGCCGAUUCUUAUGGUACUUCGAGUCAUAUCUGGCAGCCGUCGAGAAGGGCAAGCAGGAAACCAAGCCCAACCUUCCGUUCGCGAGGAUGCCAUUCGAAUCUCCUGGUAACAACUCUAUGGAUGGAAAAUUCAAUUAUCCGGAGCUCGAACGUCGCCUACAUGCUAUCAAGGCCGCUAUCGACGUUGAGCCCCUGAGAUGGGCCGAGGAGGGCCUGGAUGCCAAGAAACGCGAGACCACCGUCGCCGUGAACCUUCAGCACCAGUUUGAGCAGGUUGUCGAGGCGUUCAAAAGGAGCGAUAUGCCCCACGACGUGUUUCUCGACAACGAGAACCCAUUUGUCUGGGUUGUAACCUAUUUCGGACGACCCAUGACCAACCUCGACGGAGGCUUAUUCAGAAUCAAGAUGAACUUCAGCGUCCGUUUCCCAGAGGAACAACCUCGUGUCAAGUUCGAGACCAAGAUCUUCCACCACCACAUUGCUGCAGAUGGGACGGCAUGCUAUACCCCGAACCCCACCAAGAGGGAAGACGUACGGUCGCACAUUGAAGCUAUCUUUUCUAUUCUCGAAGAUGACGAGCCCGCUUAUGACCCUCGCAAGAUCGUCAACCCAGAAGCCACCAAGAUGUACUGGGGUGGUAGUGCUGACGACAAGAAGAAGUACAACAGACGUCUUCGCCGAUCUGUGCAGCAGAGCAUGGAGGACUUCCCGGAAUGA